UUCGUAAACAACAGAGUGCCCCGGGAAUUUGCUUUCUGUUUAUUUUUUUGUCAAGUAUUCCUUUUUGGCCUUCACAUUCGUUUCGUUGGGGACGUCUUUCAUUUUCGUUCCAUAUUUAUUAACACAUGUAUUUUUGUAAAAAGAAUUAGACCAAAGCCGGCAAAAUGAAGUUUGUUAUUGAAAAUUUGAGUAAAAAUUCAGGACGUUUGGGUUAUUUGGUCCAACAAGAUACGGGAAAACAGUUCAAGACCCCGCUAUUAUUACAAACAACAAAAGGUGGCAGCAUACCUUAUCUCUCACGUGAAGUAUUCGAUCAUGUUUCCAAAGAUUGCCAUGUCCUGCAAAUGUCGUUGGCCACCAUGGAUCAUAUGAAGGAGGCAUUGAUGCUAUUCAAAGGCGGCCUUAGUGGUUUUGUUGGUUUCAAAGAUUAUCCCACCGUCCUGACAAUACGUGAUCCCUGUGAAACAAUGCCCAAUGGCUCGAAUGACAAAGAUAUUGUGCCCUUGUUUACACGUCGCGGCAAAGAAAUAUUAAGCCCUGAAAAAUAUAUUGAACUAGUGGAAACGUUUAAACCGGAUAUUUAUCAAGGUCUUAAUGAUGCCGACACAAAUUUCGAUAGCGCCAAAAAGAGAAUACAAAAGUCAGUGGAUCGAACUGAAAUAUUUAUGAGAUUUUGUUAUGAACAACACUCAAAGUCGGAGAUAUUAAAGAAAUCAUGUCUUUUUGUUCCCAUUGCUGGAGGCUAUAACACCUUUAAUCGUUCGCAAUCUAUAAAAGAUGCUAGGGCCAAUGGUGGCGACUUAUGUGGUGGCUAUAUAUUUGAGGGUUUCCAUAAUUAUGGUUUGUCAGCAUCGGAAGUUACCUCGGAACAGUUGUUACCCAUAAUGACUCACUGCCUUAAGGAAUUACAGGCUGAUAGUAAACCCAUUAUGUUACCGGGUGCAUAUACACCUCUCUUGGUAUUGGAAUUAAUAAAAAUGGGCGUAGAUAUGUUCGACUCAUCCUAUGCCUAUUGUGCUGCUGUGAAUUUCAAAGCAUUGUCAUUUAGUUGGGAAGAAAAGGAAUUCAAUGUUAAUGAUACACCAUUUAUUGACAUCACUGAUGAUUGCCUUAGAGAAGACUUUACACCCUUGCUAAAGGAUUGCUUGUGUUUGGCAUGUCAGAAACACAACCGAGCCUAUAUUCACCAUUUAUAUAAAACUUCGGAACUUUUGGGACCAAUACUGUUAAUGAUCCAUAAUUUACAUCACUUAAUGCAAUUCUUUAAGAAAAUACAUGAAUCCAUUGCCGCGGAUAGUUUAGAUAAUUUGAUACAACUAAUAAAAUAUCAAGGUGGAGACAAAGUUGUAGAAUAUCGUGUAACUGCCAAUACUAAAGUUAUUAGUAAAGCUGGUCUAGGUAAAGGAUUUGUCGAGAGUAAAUCAUAGAAACAAAACUGACAAAAAUCAACACGUAUAAUUUUAAAGCUAUUUGUACUUAUACAAAUAAAUGAAAACACAUAUGAUAAAAUAACUAGAUGACAUUUAAAAAAUAAUUGUAAAUUUGACUAAACACAUUUCCAGUUUCUGUAUUAAUAGUUUGUAUAAUAUCCUCCUCUUGCAAUUGAUCAUAUAGUUGUUUUGCUAAAAAUAUAUAAAAAUCCAUUUAAAAACAAUUUUACGUACAAGAUGCAUUAUUUAUACUUACCUCCCACUGGAACAUAUCCAGCCAGUUCACAAAAUCCUAUAUUGUAAGUGUUGAGAUUUUUUACAAUACAAUAUUCUUGCCUUACAAAAACAAA